AUGAUGUAUGUUAAUCAGACAAGCCAAUAUAAUCUAACAAUCCAUGAUAUUCUAACAACGAUUCAAAAUGAUGUACAAGCUUCUCGAACUGGUGAACUUGUCAUUGGUAUUAUUGCUUAUUCAAUCAUUAUCAUACUGAGCAUUAUCGGAAACGUUAUUGUUGUUACAGCUAUACUUCGUGUGCAACGACUGCGGCAUCCAACUAAUUUUAUACUUAUGUCACUUGCUAUUGCUGACCUUCUUGUAACCACGACAGUUAUGAUACCAGGAUUCAUUUCUGAAAUCAAACAGAAAUGGAUAUUUGGACGAAUAUUUUGUAAUAUUUGGGUAGCUAAUGAUAUAACUUUUUGUACAGCAUCUAUUUUACAUCUGGUUGCUGUUAGUUUUGAUCGAUAUGUUGCUAUUGAAAAUCCACUUAAAUACAAACAAAAGAUGACAAAACGCACAAUAUUUAUUAUAAUCGGUUGCAUAUGGCUAAUAAGUGUUUUGCUUUCUUACGGACCAGUUUUAUUCGGCGUUUAUAGCCAAUCACGAACUGGGACAGUUUCGCCUGAUCCCACUGUGUGUGGUAUGAGACCUAAUUUAAUUUACUCGAUAAUAUCAUCAUCAACAUCCUUUUAUAUUCCUCUUAUAAUCAUACUUUUUCUUUACGGACGAAUAUUUAUAACAGCGCGCAAACAUUCACAUGAAUUACUGAAACUUGAAAAUAUUAUUAAACGUUUACAUAGUAAUGAAAAAUUUGUACUUGAAAGUUCGAAAUGGAAUAAAAAUAUGAAAGCUAUACGAACGUUAGGUAUUGUCGUCGGUGUAUUCAUGGCUUGUUGGUUACCUUUUUUUGUCAUGUAUCUUUUAUUAGCUUAUUGUAAUUAUAAAUGUGUUACUCCAAAUAUUGAACGUUACAUAACUUGGAUUGGUUAUGCUAAUUCAUUUUGUAAUCCAGUGAUUUACGCAUUUUCAAAUAAAGAAUUUCGUAAUGCAUUCUUUGAAAUUCUUCAUUAUAAUAAUUGUAAAUGUUUUCCAUUAUCAUCUCCUAGCAAAGUUCGUACAUCUAUUAGUAAAUCCAAUCAUUCAAUGAAUACCAAAUAUACACCACCAAUACAAUCACGACAACCGAGUGUUAUACCCUAUUGUAAUUCUUCACAACGUAAUGGUUGUCUGUCAUGUGAAAUAUCUCCAAUUCCAUCGAAGCUCAUACAAAAAAAGACUAGUUUUCUAAUAAACAAUGAUAAUACGGAUUCAUUAGAAAUGCAAAUGAUUACACAUCAGCGUCAAACACUUGAAGCUUUUUGGGAACUUGAGCAUCUUAUACCAAAUGGUGUUCCUAAUCGAGCAUCAAUUGUUGAAUUAAGAUCAAUAGUACAAGAACAAGAUGAUAAUAUUGUUGAAACACCGACGGAAAAAAAUCAAGAUUAA